AUGUUGACACCGCUGGACAUAGCAGGGUACGUUGUUUUGACAAGUGUCUUUUUGGCUGGGACAAAGGAUUUCAACGCCACAUUUGUUGUUGGCAGCUCUCCAUCUUUAAAAAUGGUUCAGAAUUACAAACAGACAACUGGAGCCUCUUCCCCAACCAACACUGAGGAGCUACUCACACCAGCACAUGAGGAAAAUGUGCGAUUCAUUCAUUACACUUGGCAGCGUGUCAUGAGAGAAAUGCAGACUUGCCAGGGAAAUGAAAACAAUAACCAGGGACCUCAGAAAUAUGUGGAGAGGACACCAAACCCUGCACUAAGCUGUUUUACACCUUUGGACUUGAAUGAUGUGAAAAGGAAAAACACACAAGACCCCAAAAAGUCUUUAUGAAACAACUGGAUUUAUCCAGCAUACAGACUAAUACAGCAUAAAUCUCCCGCCUGGUGCACUGAUGUCUUUCAGGCCAUUUAUUUGCUGAUCCCUAAUCUUUUUUAAAAGAUCAAAGUUGUUCACUGAUAACGUCUUUGUCCUGUAUUUAAAAGGAUCAUAUGAUGCUUUUUUAAAGAUCAUUAUUUUGUGUAUUUGGUGUAACAGAAUAUGUUGACAUGCUUUAAUGUUCAAAAAACACAUUAUUUUUCAAAUACUGUA